GGGAAGAAGCCGAAAAUGGUUGUGUGAGCCACGAACCUCCUAUAAAUUUAUUACCAAUCCAAAACACGACUGAAAAUCUUGGAUAUUAUUAUCCGCCAUUCCCACAGCCUCAAUCGGUGGUGCUAAUCUUCUUCCCCUUUUCCUCGUCUCCCCCAUUUCUUCACCAAUCAAUCCGUCUCUCCCGCCAUGGAUCCCUACAGGCAUCGUCCUUCGAGCGCUUUCAAUUCUCCGUUCUUCACCACCAAUUCUGGUGCUCCAGUAUGGAACAACAACUCGUCGAUGACUGUUGGACCUAGAGGUCCAAUUCUUCUGGAGGAUUAUCAUCUGGUGGAGAAGUUGGCCAACUUUGACAGGGAGCGAAUUGCAGAGCGUGUUGUCCAUGCCAGGGGAGCAAGUGCAAAGGGUUUCUUUGAAGUCACCCAUGAUAUCUCUAAUCUCACUUGUGCUGAUUUCCUCCGAGCUCCCGGAGUUCAGACUCCUGUGAUCGUUAGGUUCUCCACCGUUAUCCAUGAACGUGGUAGUCCUGAAACUCUGAGAGACCCUAGGGGUUUUGCAGUGAAGUUCUACACCAGAGAGGGGAACUUUGAUAUGGUUGGAAACAACUUCCCAGUAUUCUUCAUCCGUGAUGGUAUGAAGUUCCCAGACAUGGUGCAUGCUCUCAAGCCAAACCCUAAAUCUCACAUUCAGGAGAACUGGAGAAUCCUUGACUUCUUCUCCCAUCACCCUGAAAGUCUGCACAUGUUCACCUUCCUCUUCGAUGACCUUGGUGUUCCUCAAGACUACCGACACAUGGAAGGUUCCGGUGUCAACACAUAUACCUUGGUCAGCAAGUCGGGGAAAGCUUACUAUGUCAAAUUCCACUGGAAGCCCACUUGUGGGGUGAAGUGUCUGUUGGAGGAUGAGGCAAUUAAAGUCGGUGGUGCUAAUCAUAGCCAUGCUACCCAAGAUUUGUAUGACUCCAUUGCAGCUGGAAACUACCCUGAGUGGAAGCUUUUCAUCCAGACAAUCGAUCCAGAUCACGAGGAUAGAUUUGACUUUGACCCACUUGAUGUCACCAAGACCUGGCCUGAAGAUAUCAUUCCUCUUCAGCCGGUUGGCCGAUUGGUCUUGAACAAGAACAUUGAUAACUUCUUUGCUGAGAAUGAGCAGCUUGCUUUCUGCCCUGCACUUGUGGUUCCUGGUGUAUACUAUUCUGAUGACAAGCUGCUUCAGACAAGGAUUUUCUCCUACUCUGAUACCCAGAGGCACCGUCUUGGACCGAACUAUCUGCAGCUCCCUGCUAAUGCUCCCAAGUGUGCUCAUCACAACAAUCACCAUGAAGGUCUCAUGAACUUCAUGCAUAGGGAUGAGGAGGUGAAUUACUUCCCCUCAAGGUAUGAUCCAGUUCGCCAUGCUGAGCAAUUCCCCAUUCCUCCUCAAAUGUGCACUGGAAAGCGCGAGAAGUGUGUGAUUACGAAGGAGAACAACUUCAAGCAACCUGGGGAGAGAUACCGCUCCUGGGCACCCGACAGGCAAGAACGAUUCAUCUGCCGAUGGAUCGAUGCCCUCUCUGACCCCCGAGUCACCCAUGAAAUCCGCAGCAUCUGGAUCACAUACUGGUCACAGGCCGAUAAGUCCCUCGGUCAGAAGCUAGCAAACCGUCUCAAUGUGAGGCCGAGCAUUUGAAGACAUUCGAAGAAGAAACGCACAGCGCGAUGUUUCUUGAGAAGAAGUGCCUGGAGAGUCGAAAGAGAUGAUGAUUCCAUCCAAGGAAAGAAAAGAGAAAAUGGACACUUUGAUUCUGUGCCCGUAAUGUUGUACUACAGUGUGUUGAAACAGAACCUAUAAUGUGUGUUGUCUGCAACCCAGAUCUGUGUUUACUGUCUAAUAAUCGUAUAGCUGAAAGAGGAACACGAACCGAACCAUAUGUUUUUGUCUAAUAAUUGCAUGCAAUUUGUAUGCACUUUGGUCCUUAAAUAUGCCUUGGCUCGAAAUGUGGUUCUCUUUGG